AUGGUUUGUAGAUUUAUCGAAGAAUGCCCUCACAACGACCUCUCCGAUCUAUCUUUCGACACAAUGCUGGAAAGCUUCGAGGCAGGAUACAAUGAGUCGGCAUCAGACCAAUGCUCCAUCCUCUCCGACGGUAGCCAAUGUGUUGCCUCUUUCUCUCUGGAUACUGCCGCAUCAACGUGGUACAAUCCUGGUGAGCUUCCUUCAGGUUAUCCUGGAACAGCACCUCUCUCAGAGACCACUGAUGCCGGGAGCAUUACAAGUUCUCCCGAUCCUUACACAUUCUCGAUCUUCCCAAGCUAUAUCACUGUCAUUACGCCGGCACCAUACAACAAGAAGAACGUUGCGGCAACACAAACAGGAACUACUGCUGGAACCGCCACUGAAACCGCCACUGAAACUGCUGCCACUGGAGCAACUGCUUCAACGAGCACUUCUUCGCCCAGCAAGGGAGCUGCGAGUAAUCUUGUAUAUCCUGUUAAUCCUGACUUUGGUCCUUUGGGGCUAGCCAUGUACACAGUUGCAUUUGCUCUCUUUGGUGCAGCAUUGCUCGCAUAG